AUGGCAACAACAUCGUCCGCUCCAAUACUCUAUUCUAUUUUGACAUCAUCUCAUGAUAAUAAUGAAGAUUUUGUUAAUCAAUUACGUAAUCAUCUUAAUCAAAUUGAAACCAAUGUUCAAGAAACUUUAAAUAAAAUUCAACAACGUAAACCAUAUACAUCCACUAAAACAACUACAAAUAAAAUUGAUUCAACAAUAAGAAAUAAUUUUUUGAAUAUACUUAAAGAUGUAGCAAUGAAAAAUAAUACACCAUUCGAUGAAUUAUUGUUUCGUCAACAAAUUUUAGAUAAACAAAAUUCAUCUCCAUCAUUAAAAGUUGAUGUUGUUCGAGCUAAAUCAUCAAUUAUAAACGAUACUAAUGAUCAACAUUUAUCACCGAUUAAUAAUACUCGUCGGUCACAAUUUGCUCCUGUUCUUAGUAGUACACCCGUACAUCAAACAAGUCCAAUUACACCGAUUCCAGUUGAUCUUACCAUGGCUACUCCAUCAGUCCCACCAGUUUUAUUAUUAAAAUCAACUGAUCUUCCAACUGCUCUUCCAUCAGCUAUUGUUCCUCAACGAGCUAAAGUAGGACGUACAGCGGCAGCUGGUCGUCCUCCACGUAUUCCACGUGGUGAAUCAGUAACACGUCAAAAGAAAACUUCCCCACUAUCAGUAAAAGAACAACAACAAGAAGAGAUAAUCCUUUCUAAAGAAAUUUAUCUUUCAUCAAAACGUCAAAUAAAAUCUAGACAAGAAAUUAUUGAAGAUAAUGUUGAAGUUGUAAUUGAACAACAAAAUGAUAUUUUACCUGAUAUUAUUAAACAAGUACAAACAACUCCAUUACGUGGAAGAACAAAAAAACCUAUUCAAGAUAAUCUUAAUAUUAUUAUUCCACAAGUUGAACCAACAGCAGUUGAACAAGAGAAGGAAAUAAUUAACAAGAAAACCCGAGGUGGAAGAACUAAAAAGAAAGAUGAAAAACCUGGUGAUGACGUUAAACCAACAAGAACAACUUCAUUACGUAAUCGUAAUAAAAAAGAAGAAGAAUUUAUCAUUCCAAAAGAAGUUCAAGUUGCUUCGAAAAGAACAACUAGAAAUAAGAAAUUCGUCGAACCUGUUGUCAAUAUUGAAGAAAAUCCACCAACAACUAAAGUUCGUGCUACUCCAUCACGCAGUAAAAAGAAAGCAUCCUUGGCAACAACUGAACCAAUCAUCGUAAUAUCACCAAAAAACCUAACAACAAAAUCGAAAAAAAGAAAAGGCAAUGACGAGACAACUGAUGCUCCACUUGAUGUUAUACAACCUUCAUCACCAAAACGUCGUGUUGGUCGUAAUACACGAUCUAAGAAUUCAACACCUUUUGAAACAAUAUUAAUACCACCUUUUAUUGAUCAAGAACCACCACCACUAUUACCAGUACAACAACAAGAACCACUUAUGUCUACACGAAGUAGUCGUCGUGGUAAAAAAGAUAUUGAUAUUCCAAUAGAAAAACAAGAAGAUAUUGUUUUGAUUAAAAAAACUCGAACUGGUGGUCGUGCAAAGAAAACGAAUGAACCGAUCAAUACUGAUAAUCCUGUCUCUGUCGUGAUGACAUCAGUUACUACAUCAAUACCAACAUCAUCAUCAAUGAACUCUUUAGUUUCAAAACCACCUCGUCCACCAAUUGUACGAAAAAAGAAAAGUCUUGCAAUGCCACCUUUACCUCAAACAUCUCCAACAACACCACCAAAACAAACACAACGUAUUCAAUCAACAUCACCUGUUAAUGAUGAGCCAUUAUUACCAAUACCUGUUCCAAUUAAUAAUAAGCGACGUCGUCAACCACAACGUCGAAUAGUUCAUUCACCGAUUCGAGUAGAAAAAUCGUCUUUAGAAAUAUCACCAUCGAAUAAUCGUAAUCAAAAACGUACACGAUCAUCAGUAGCGACGACACCAAAACGAAUUCGUCGUGAAGAUCUUAUGAUAACAACUAUGCCUAGUACACCAGGUAAAAAACGAAAUAAAUGUACGUGUCAAAAACGACGGAAUAAAAGAUGUGACAUUUGUGCAGCAGCAAUUGAUAGUUAA